UAGCUCAGCCUUCCCACCCUGCCUGCCUGGCUUCCCCCACUGUGCUGGCACCUCUGGGGUCUGGGGUGACCUAGAAAUCCUUCCUGAGAAAUGUACUGGGAGCCGCUCUGGCGGGUCCUGGGAUGGCUCAGCAGCCUGCCGUUUAGUCAGGCAGCAGGGAUUCGUGCUGGGCCAGGGACCGCAACAUAGCGCUCUUCCCAGGGGAGGCAGUGAAGUGGGGCUGGGUGUAAGGUGUGCGGCCAGGGAGCGGCCAGGCCCUGAGGGAGGAGCGGAGAGGGGAAGGAAGACUUGCUGGAGGAGGCAGCGUGGAAGUUGUUCCCAGAAGAUUGAGGAGACAGCAGGGCCCCUGAUCUCACUCGGUCCAGUGGGACCCCCUCCUGUCCACGGCUGCAGAACAGGGAGGGCCCUGAGCCCACUGCGGCUGCAGCUGCCCACUCUCUGAGGGACGGGCAGUGGCUGGACCUCACUAGGGAGGCCAGGCCUCAGCCUCCUGAGUGCUGGACUGCGGGCGCUCCCCACCAUGCCUGGCGCACACGAGAAUUCUUUUUAUCCAAGCCAGCUCAAGUCAGCCCCUUUCCUUGCAACCAAAGAGGUCCUCCUCUGGCCCAGAGGCACCGAUUCUGCAGCCUGCCUGCCAGCCGGAAGCCUGGCUCUGCACUGUCCUGGCCGUGCUCUCUGGCCCUCGCCUUGGGCUUUCAUCCUCAGAAGGGGGCAGCGACAGGGUUCUGUGCAUAGCAUGGGCACCGGGGUUGAGUCAGAGCCAUGCGCACCAUGUGCACGCCAGGCGCUCCUACGGGGGACCCUGUGACCCUCCGUCUUCUGGACACUUGUGGGCUGGUGGGAGGCUGCGAGUGACAGCUCUGCUGCCAAGCUCCGGGCGAACCACCCAUCUCCACACCAAGAAAAGCCCCACACAAGUGGCUUCCGUCUCAUUUCGGCCUCCAGGCGAUCCUGGAGGGUGUGGUAGGCAGGCACCCCGUUUUCCUUGUAGAGCCAAAUUCAUACCAAUCGCCUUCUCUUGGGUGGGUGUAGAGGGAGAGGCCCCGCCUGGGGCAGGCACCCUGGCCGCCAGGUUGCCUUGGACUGGAGACCUGGUUCUGGCUGCAGAAGGAGGGCCGGGGUUUGUUUCCGCUCCUGUUUUCUUGAUGGAUGGCUUGCUCUUUGAAAUGUAAAGUCCCCAAGGCCGGUGAGACUGUUGCAGCUGAGGGCACGCAGGCCCUGUGGGUUGGGACAGGGACUGGACUUGAGGGUAGAGACUGAGGAGGCUCCGAGACAACCCAAGCAGCAAGAUGGAUGGCCGAGCUCCAGUUAUAAGCGGCUGCACAGGACCCACGCGGGGCCUUCAGCCAGGAUGCUCCUGCUGCUCCUGCUGGUGCUGCUGCUGGCAGGCACCCGCCUGCUGUGGGCCCAGUGGAAGCUCAGGACCCUCAACCUCCCUCCUCUGGCCCCGGGCUUCCUGCACCUCCUUCAACCCAACCUCCCCAUCCACCUGCUCAGGCUCUCUCGGAAAAUGGGGCCCAUCUACCGGCUGCACUAUGGGCUGAGAAAUGUGGUGGUGCUGAACUCCAAGCAGUCCAUAGAGGAGGCCAUGCUCCGGAAGUGGGUGGACUUUGCCGGCAGACCCCAGAUGCAGUCCUCCAAGCUGGUGUGUCAGAGCUACCCCGACCUGUCACUGGGGGACUACUCCGUGCUCUGGAAGGCGCACAAGAAGCUCACCCGCUCGGCCCUCCUGCUGGGUGCCAGAAACUCCAUGGAGCUUUGGGUGCAGCAGUUGACCCAGGAGUUCUGCCAGCGCCUGAGAGCCCAGGCUGGCGCCCCCGUGGACAUCCACAGGGAGUUCUUGCUCCUCACCUGCGGCAUCAUCUGCGGCCUCACCUUUGGAAACAAGAGUGACACCUUGGUGCGGAGCAUUUGCAGCUGCGUCCAGGACUUGAUGAAUGCCUGGAACCACUGGUCCAUCCAAAUCCUGGACAUGGUCCCCUUCCUGAGGUUCCUCCCCAACCCGGGCAUCCAGAGGCUGAAGCAGAUGGUGGAGGUCAGGGACCUCAUCGUAGGGCAGCAGCUGAGGCAGCACAAGGACAGCCUGGUGGCCGGGCAGUGGAGGGACCUGCUGGACUACAUGCUCCAAGGAGUGGAGCAGCCCGGGAAGGAGCAGGGCUCGGAACAGCUCCAGGAAGGACACGUGCACAUGUCCGUGGUGGACCUCUUCAUCGGCGGCACCGAGACCACAGCCACCACCCUCUCCUGGGCUGUGGCCUUCCUCCUGCACCACCCUGAGAUUCAGCGACGUCUCCAAGAGGAGCUGGACCUGGAGCUGGGUCCCGACUCCUUCACCUCCCGGCUCCUGUACAAGGACCGCAAGCAGCUGCCCUUGCUCAACGCCACCAUCGCUGAGGUGCUGCGCCUGCGGCCCGUGGUGCCCUUGGCCCUGCCGCACCGCACCAUCCGACCCAGCAGGAUCGCCGGCUACGACAUCCCCAGGGACACUGUCAUCAUCCCCAACAUCCAAGGUGCCAACCUGGACGAGACGCUGUGGGAACGGCCCCACGAGUUCUGGCCUGACCGCUUCCUGCCGCUGGGCAAGAGCCCCCACGAGCUGUCCUUCGGCUGCGGGGCGCGCGUGUGCCUGGGUGAGUCGCUGGCCCGCCUGGAGCUCUUCGUGGUGCUGACGCACCUGCUCCAGGCCUUCACUCUGCUGCCACUGGAGGGCGCCCUGCCCUCUCUGCAGCCUCAGCCCUACAGCGGCAUCAACCUGCUGGUGCAGCCUUUUCAGGUGCGGCUGCAGCCCCGGGGUCUCGGGGCCCCGUGCCGGGGCCAGUGCCAGUGAUGGGCAGGACCAGAGCCGCCGUGUGCCUCAGUUUCUCCUUUAUUGCUCCCAUACAAACCCUCCCCUCCCCCCUGUAAACAUGGUGCUGUGAGACCGCGGGCAGAGAAGACUUCCCGGAGCUCCUCUGGGCGCGACCCCCCAGUGCUCGGCAGUCCUCCUGGGGUGCAGGAAAGGUGGGCGGCAGCUCAGCCUCCCUGGGCAGGGGGCCGAUAGCUUCGCGGCCUCAGCUUCAUUUCCGUGAAGGGCACGGAGAAGUCAAAGCCCUUCCAGUGGUACCAGGUCACUCCCUGGGAAAGGUUGGCACGGGUGUCAGAGCUGCGGUCUCAUCCGCCCACUCCCGGCCCGGAGCGGUGACUCAGAACCCCCCCCCCCCCAUGACCCUCAGCCACACAGCACGGAGGCUUCAGCCUGCGCUGGCCCCUUCUACCCAAUAAACCACCUUCCCCAGAAGCA